CAGAGGGAGAGAGAGACAAAAGAAGAUCAACAAAAACGAACUGUUCGUAUGAACCACUGACUUCCAACGAAAGAAGCGGAUAGAACGUAUAAAACCUAGUUUUUCUCAGUUCAACCCUAAUUUUUGCUAUGUUUUACCCCAAAUAGUUUCCCUUCCUUCGUUUUUUUCCUUCUCAUUGGGAUAUACAUGUAAUUGUAAUUCUUCCUUGAUUGAUUGAGUUUUAUUACAGGUAGUUCCCGUAUGAUUUUUGAGGACAUGGGGUUUAUGUUUCUGUAUAUGGAAGGCGUCUGAUGUAUAAGACUUUUUUGGGGUUUCUUUGCUAUUUAACUUUGCAAAAUGGCGGCUGGUCAGCAAAAAAAGCGGUUAAAUGUGUCUAGUGCUGCAAGUGGCAAUUUACAACAAUAUAGUGCAAAGAGAAAAAAGAAUGCUGAAUCAUCGCAAGCUCUGUCAAAUAUGAGGUCACGAGUUUCGGUCGAGUUGGAUGAGAAAGAUAUAAUGAUUGUUUCAAAGAGAGAACAAGUCGGCAUAGGUUGGAGUGAUUUGGGUCCUUUUAUUGAUUCAUUCUCUAAAUGCGGCUUAGCAGAUGUGGUUACCAUUCCUGAGGAAACUUUGGACUUGGAGGAUAUGACUGACGUUUUAUCAUAUGAAGUGUGGGAAACACAUCUUUCAGACUUGGAGAGAAAUUUUCUUUUCAAGUUUCUUCCUCAAGGAAUAGAUGCAGAUCAAUUGGUGCAAGGGUUGCUUUCAGGGGAAAACCUUCAUUUUGGAAAUCCUUUCCUCAAGUGGGGUACUUCACUUUGUUCUGGUAAUUUUCACCCUGAUGCUAUUCUAAGAAAGGAAGUGUCUUUCAAGACAAAUAAGAACUCCUACUACCAGGAGUUAAUGAAGUACCAUUAUGAUAUUUUGGAGACCUUACAGAACUGGAAGGAACUAUGGUUAACCUGCAAAGAUCCUGAAGUGGAUUUCCCUCGGAUAAUCACGAGAAAAGGAUUCAUGAAGGACAGACAUCAACAAUCACAAGCUGUCUCGGAAAGGCGCAAGGUCGGAUCAUUUUCUAGGAAAGAAGAAAUGCCACAAAAGCUGUGUAUUCGCUCUUGUGAUGCUUCUAAGUAUAUGUCUUACUUCAAGAUAAGCAGGAAACAACAUGAGCUAGUAAAGAAUAUAAAACAAUCCGGCGAUGGUAUUCAGUCUAAGUCUCUUAAUCGUGUAUUGGGUGACAUCAAAAGUUUUGAUGUGCAACCUUUUGAGGCAUUUGAGGCAGAAGAGCGCAAGAAGCUGCAUAAGCACUGGUUGAAAAUUACAACGAGAGAUCUCCCAUUAGCUUUUGCACACUGGACUCAAAGAAAAUCACAGAGGCAACAAUGGAGGAUGUCUUUGGAUCAAGAAGUUGCAGAAAGGAGCUAUUUGGUGGAUGAGGAGAAAGUGCUCACAGAUGGCUUUCUUGAAGAACGAAAAGAUGAAGUACAAGCUUAUCCUGAAAUUAUCAUGGAUGUAAAAGACUCCAGAGAGGAAGAAGAGACUUCUCCUGACUCCAUAUAUCAGAGUCAGCCCCUUGUUCGAGUACCUUCACUUAAUGGUCAGUGCGAGCUCAAUCACAUGAAUACGGAAUCAAAGAAUAGCAACCAAGACAUCUUAGAAUGUAAAGAUGCUUCGCCUGUUUCGCCCACAGUUUUCAGAAGUGUGAGUCCAUCUGAAGAUUUUGUUGAAGCAAGAGAUCUCGUUGUCUCCACUAAAGAGUCUGUUGCUUCCUUAAAAGUCAAUGAGCCUUUACAGAGAAUUCCCUCACUUAAUAGUCAUCAAGAGCUUGACCACUUGGAAAUGGAGGGUACCAAAGAGGAUAUAAUGCAACCAUAUACUGCUCCUAAUCUGACUGAGGUAAUUGGAAAUAUGAAUUCCGCUCAGAAUGCAAUCAAGCAGGCGGUUCCUUUUACUGCUAAAGAUGUUUGGCCUGCAUCUGGCAUGCUGGACCCUUUUCAUGAUCAUCAUAUGUCUGGAAGGCAGAGCUUCACGUCUGCAGAGUUGUCACUUAGGCAACCAGAUAAUUUUAAACAGCACCCAACUGGUUUGGUUGAUCUAGAGAGGGACACAUUUGAAAGCAAUGUCAAGGAAUCUGUGUUCCAAAGAAGGCCGUCUAAUAGUAUAGGGUCAGGUUUGCACAUCAAUGGAAGUGGGUCUGUCUUGGAUUCCUACACUAAUUAUGACUGCAACAACCUUCCACCCUUUCCAAAAGAAGAAGGUUUACUGCCAUCUUACUCACAUGACCCUAAACGGAUUGGAAUGCAAUUCCUAGAAACGAGAAGUGAGCCUUUGGUAACUGGUAAUCCUCGUGCUGUCCAUUAUCAAGAACAACCACAGCAGCUGUUAGAGCAGAGGCAACACCUGAGCAAUAGAGAUUUUUAUAUUCAGCAGAGCAUCCACCAGAAGAAUAUAUACACUGAUAGUGGGAGGUACUCAAACUCUAAUUUAGGCCACAUCCUGUUCCCACAAGUCAACAUGCAGAAUUGGGCCGUUAAUCCUGUACAUGUAUCAUCCCCUUUAUCAUCCAUUUCGAAUGGAGAGGGGCUUUCAGGUAAGAGCUGGCUUCCUAACGAGCAUGGAGUUCAUGGUGUCUGGCCUGGAGUAGAGAUAUCUGGUAGCUCAGGUCAGUGUCUGGGGAACAGAAGAGACACCGAUGAAAGCCUGUAUAGUAUUUUCUCUCAGCACAAUACAUUGCAGUCUCGUUCUUACGAGCCAGUGACCACUACCAAUGCAGUGACCACUACCACUGAGCAGUAUCUCCCAAUGAGAGACUUUGUUGGCAGGAGCACAACUGCGAAUGGUGAUUUCGUUCAACACACAGGUCAUCAACUCCUCAACUUGCGCGGGACUGAAGCAGAUUUUGCAGCUAUUGCUGCACCUACCCUUAACGUGAAUGCAAACACCAACACAUCAUGGAUGAAUUUGGCACAUCAGAGUUCCCAUAUACAGGAUCCUAUUCAGAAACCAUUUUUGAGGUCAUGGAAUUAGUGACAGAAUUAUCAAACGAGUGAAAAGUUAGUUCUUAGUUAGCAAUAUAAGUGGAUUCUAGAAUGUGCAGAUGGAGUAUAAUGAUGAACUGCAAAGCAGAGCAUGGAUGUGAAGAUUCUGUACAUACGUGAAUUAUACAACUAACAACAGUUCCCCUCCAUUGUAUAUAUCUAGAGAGGGGAGAGUUUGUUUGAGCAGAGGUGGAAAGGAUGACAGGAAGAAUCAGAGGAAAAAUCUCAUCUUUUUUUGGUAGGUAGGUAGGUAGGUGUGUAAUUUAGAUACAUAGGGAUUUCUUUAAUUUUUGAUAAUUUCCGGCUCCUGUAUUUUGAGGAGAAUAUGUCCCUUCUUGUCUUGUGGGUAGGGUUUCAACUUCAAACAUUUUCAGGCAACUACUGGAACUGCUUUUACUCAAUAAAACUGCAUUGAUUCUGCCCAUUUGAA